CGAAGCUGCCGCCUGUGGAUCUCUCUCUCCUCCUGGAUACAAACAAAAGAAAAACCCAUCAGACUUUUAUUCCUCUAUUUCUAUUUCACACACAUACACACACACAUUUUGUCUCUCCUACCUUCACACACAUCCUCGCACUGUCAGUCUGUCUCCCUUUUACAUGCAAACACACUCCUUCUCCUCCCAGACAGAGCAGCAGUAAAGGGAUUGGCGCGGUUCUGGGUGUUUGGCUCCUGGUCUUUGGCUCAGAGGGAGCAGAGUGGCAGAUGGCGAUGUGAAAACGGGCUCAGCCAGAUUUGACUCUUCCACACAAUGGCUGACAACGGCUGGUUGCCACAGGAUACAGGAUUUAACUUGAUCAUGUGAUCUGACUCCCUCCCCCAGUUCCCUGCCAUCUAUCAUAGGGGGAUCAUGACCCGCCGGCUGAGCAGCUCCACCCGUUCCCACACCGAGGACUCAAUCUUCCUGAGGCCCGACGAGGACCCAGUCUGGCUGGAUGAGCCCACUAAGACUGAUAAAAAAUGUGAUGGAGCCCUUAAUAAAGACGAACUGAAAGAAUGCAAAGAUGGAUCCGCAGGGCGCCAAAGCCCUCAGGCAGAGGAAGUGUUUAUGCACAAGGUGUAUGCACUGGUGAUUGAGAUCCACUGCUGGGCUGCACUGUUUGCCGUCUCCCAGGUCACGGGGUACUGGGUUUUUUUUGUGGUGGAAGGAAAUGGACCUCUCUCUUCUAUUUACAAAGCCCUGCAUGUCAUCGACUUCUACCUUGGCUUCAUCCUACCCUGCCACCCGAUUUUUGGAAUGGAUUCCAUGGUGUUGAUGGGGGAGGUGGUAAACACAAAAGAGCACAACUGGAUUGUCAAUGGAACUGCAGGCAUUGGCGUGGCCAUCUGUGUCAUAAUGGUCAUUCACAUGGUGCGUAAAUGGCGUUAUGGCACUGGCUUUUGGUCGUUUGGAACAGUUACACGGGAUAUUGGUGACCGGCGUCAGUCUGUGAGCCGCCAGCCCUCCUUCACCCUGUCAGAGUGGACGGACGCUCAGGAGGAUCUGAUGGACAUGGACACCGAGCCUCAGACACCGGUCUUUGAAAUGGGCUCUGACAACAGGACAGAGGGGGAUGCCGCCACCCUCCUUGUCACACCAGUGGGGCUUCAGGAGAGGAGAGGCUCCAACGUUUCCCUGACCUUGGACAUGUGUACCCCGGGCUGUACUGAGCCCUACGGCUACGGAGGCCAGCUCUCCCCCAGAGACCAGACGGCCAAGGAAUACCUCCGGCAGGGAACAAACACUCUGACCCCUGCCAUGCUACACACACGGGCCAUGGAUGACCAGAGCCUGCAGGCAGAGUUUUAUGAAACUCCCAUGAACUUUGUGGACCCUAAAGAGUAUAACUAUCCAGGGCUGGUGAGAAAGAACCGCUACAAAACCAUCUUACCCAACACGCACAGCAGAGUUAUCUUGAAGUCACAGGAUGAAGACGAUUUUCUCUCUACUUACAUCAACGCUAAUUAUCUCAAAGGUUAUCGGGAUGAAGAUGACGAGUGUUCGUACAUUGCGACCCAGGGCCCCACCGUGAACACAGUGGGGGACUUCUGGAGGAUGGUGUGGCAGGAGAGAUGCCCAAUCAUAGUGAUGAUCACCAACCUGGAGGAGAAAAACGAAAAAUGCGCUGAGUACUGGCCUGAGGACACUGUGACCCAUGAGGGCAUUGAGAUCACCGUUGUCACGGUAACCCAGGAGGAUGACUACAGUCUGAGGGUGUUUACUUUGAAGUGUGGGGGGGAGGAGCGCAGUCUGCAGCAGUACUGGUACACCUCGUGGCCUGAUCAGAAGACUCCAGACAAGGCUCCACCUCUUCUGGAACUGGUGCAGGAAGUGGAAAGGGCUCGAGAGGAAGCCCCACCUUCCAGUGGCCCUAUAAUUGUCCACUGCAGUGCUGGAAUUGGACGAACUGGCUGCUUCAUCGCCACCUCCAUCCUGUGCAAGCAGCUGAGGACUGAGGGUGCGGUGGACAUCCUGAGAACCACCUGCCAGCUCCGUCUGGACAGGGGCGGGAUGAUCCAGACAUGCGAGCAGUACCAGUUUGUGCAUCACGUCCUCAGUCUGUACGAGAAGCAGCAGUCUCACACCGCUGAGGAGUAGAGUGAGCGUACAGCAACACCCAGACCGAGACACACCACUGUACACUAUACCGCCUCUGGUGGUACACACCACUGUACCUAGCAUCAUCUCAAUCUCACCCUUUAACAAGUUCAAACUAUGUUAAUCACUUCACCCAAGACAGGCCUGCUCAUACAGGACUGAAUGGCUGACCUGAAAUCUGUGCUUAUUGUAUGUCUUGGAGCAGAACAAACAAAGGGAGGUGGAAUUGGAGAUAGCCCCCCUGAAAAUCCUGUUCACACAAGAUAAUCCAAGCCCGCACUCCUGACAUAAUUUCAGUCCUGGUGAGGUUUUAUUAUCAUGUAGCUGUUAAUAAGUCAGUCAGCCAGUCAUCAAGGCCUCUUUUAGUACUUCGGCCCCCUCAUGUACUGUGUAUACAGUUAUAUUAUAUUGAACUGGACCUGAAGUAUAAUCAGUCUCCCAAAGUUGGUGUCAAUAAUAAGGGCCCUUUAAGUGCCAGCAUAAUUUAAAUCUACAGAAAGGAUCAAAUGCCAGCCUAAUAAUAAACAUUAUAUAGAUGUAAAAGUUCACAUGAAAUGUAAUUUAACCAGCAUUUUUUUCAUUGACUCACAUUGACCCUCAAUUUCAAUGUUAAUUAGUAAAUCAUUACAGAAAGCCUGUUUCAACUGCUGAUUCGUUCAGGAGCCACCUCAUUUUCAGGUUGCAUGGUGUUAAGUGUUCAUUAAAGGCAUGUGCAAUGUUAUGGAACAUAGGAAUGUAUUACAAUUAGGUUUUUAAUCAACUAAUUAGGAUCUCUGUGCAAUCUACAGUAUUACAGUUUUACCAUACUGCCUGUGCAGUCCUCAUGGCCCAUGAUGUUUACAGCAAACAACUGCUACAUUAAGGCCUCAUAGACGUACUCUCAGAGGCAUCACAGAGCCGGGGAUACUGAGGGGUCAGUGGCUUGAAAGAGAAUCAGACAGUCAGAAAAAUCAAUGCACAGCCCAAUCAAAGCUCUGGUGAAUCUGGCAUGUAGACGAGGGAAAGUGUAAUGCACAGGAGAGUAAAAAAAAAAAAAGCUACAUAAAUUGAUGACCGGUGAUCCCCUACACCUCUUGGAAAUGUCCCAUUACUUUCAUGAUCGCCCUCAGAGUUUCAUGAUCUGUGAUGCCUCUGCAUUUCAACAGUAGCUUGAACACAUCUGUGAAGUAAGAAGCCCAUGAUUAUUGUAUAGACAGGCCAGGCCUAAUCUGUAUGAAGCACAAUAGACCAACUAAGGUUGUCUCUGAUGUUCAGCUGUAAAAGUUCCUUUUUUUCUCCGUAUUGUGUUUUGAUUGUGUUGAGUUUAAUGGAUUGCAUGUGCUGUAUGGGACUCCAUAGGUCCACAAUCAAAGCGACGUGAUUGGUUGUCCUGCUUUUUGUUGUGUAAAAGGGUUUAAGCCUAUUAUAUUGCUUGCUCUCGGCCAAUGCUUUUGAUACAGUUUGCUUUUGUGAAACCAACCAGAGAUAUUUUUAGAACAUUUUGAUACAAUCCUUUCGAGUAGAUGCCUUGUGUAUAUUUCCGUUUACACCAUGAUGGAAUGUAGCUCAUACUGUGGAUCAAACCAUCGGUUUAGAUUGCAAGAUUUGACAGAACAAAAUGUGACAACUACCUAAGUUACCUUACAGUACAGAAAAUAAGUAGAUUAUGUCCGGUCUUCAGUAUUAUUACUUUAUGCCUUUAGGCUUUGCUUUAUUAUGCUUUGCUUUCUGUGUAUGUUUUUAUCUUUUUUCUUGGAGAAUUUUACCUCAGACUGAGUUUUUACCCAGUCUCCAAUCGAUUCCAUCUGUGACUCUAGGCCACUCUUAGUUGACAACAGGAGAAAUAAUUGCUAUGUGUAAGGCAGCUAAAACAGUGAAGACAGUUUUCUAUGUUACAAACAUCACAAUCAGUCAACUUCUAUCAUGACUUAAUGCAUCAGAUCAACAGUCAGGAACAUUAUCAGAGGAGGGAGUUAAUUGUGCGGGCUCGGACCAAUUUAUAAACUUCAAAUCAACUAGCAAAUUAAACUGCCAAAAUGACCUUUUACAGGAAAAUAUGACUGGGACUGACAAGAAAAGCUACAAUCUGCUGUCAGACUUUUGGCAUAUUCCUCUGAUAAUGUUCAGUGUAUUCAAAUGACAAGCUUUUAUUUUGAGUGCUUGUUUUCAAUGCUUACAUGGUCCUUCUCUGAUGAUCAAAAAUGGGCAUGAUGAAAUAGCCGAACAGUCUAACAUACAACCAACCAGCAAUCAGUAUUCCUCUCCCCUGCUACAGUAUCGCUUUAAGUUGUGAGUUUUU